GGUACUUUUUCGGGUAAAUUUCCAGAGUGCAAAGUGCUGGUCUCUGGUUUCAGCCCCUUGGAUUUUGCUCCCGCGUGUGGGCGUCUAAAAGGAAACCAGAAGCGGGCUUAAGCACAUAAAGCGUUCACAUGGAGAAAAUAACAUUUUGAGACAUUUUUGUGUUGCGAGUGAGAAAGAAAACACCAAUACGGAAGCAGACCAUCUCUUGUGUGUGUAUCUUGUUGUUACUGCUUUUUAUAACGUGGUUUAGUAAUGAAGCCACCAUUAUGUCCUCAGUCAGUGAAGUAAAUGUUGAUAUCGAAGAUUUCCUAAUGAACAUUAAUUUGGAGCAGUAUCUCUUACACUUCCGUGAGUUUGGUUUUAAUACUGUGAAGGACUGUGCAGCAAUAAAUGACAGCAUUCUACACAAAAUUGGAAUAUCACCUACGGGACACCGGAGGAGGAUAAUUAAACAGUUACAGAUAAUCUUGUCAAAAAUGCAAGAUAUCCCAAUAUAUGCUAAUAUUCAUAAAACGAAGAAGAACGAUGAAACUUCAAAGGCUCACCAUGCUCCGUCUUCUGAUCAGGAUACCUGCAUAGAACUUUCAGAUUCAUGUCGUGUUCAGACACCUAGCCCAACGCAGUUGGAGAUCGUUAUAAAAAAUCUUGAUCAAAGUGACGUCAGUGUGGAAAAUAGCCAGCCUCUUAAAUCAAAUGAUAAGCUGUCUCUUCCUGAACACAACUUUCCCAUUCCAGAAGAAGAACCAGACCUGAAUUUAGGUUCUUUACAGGAUUCUUUAUUUGGUAGAGAAAGUAUUAAAGUAGAAUCUUUAAGUACAAAGAAGACUAUGGAUUGUACAAUUGAAGAACAAACUGAAAAAGUUGAUUUGAUCUCAGAAAAUGUGAGUAAGCUUCCUAAUGCAGACCCUGAAUGCCUUUCUUUUGACUGUUCAUUAUCAGAAGCAAAUUCUGGAAAUGGAACUAAUGGUUUAUUAGAAAGAUCACCACCAUCCCCAUUCUUUAAAUUUCAAGGAGAAAUGGUUGUAAAUGAUUUGUAUGUUCCGUCAUCACCAUUCCUAGCACCUAUGAGAAGUCGUAGCAAGUUGGUUUCAAGGCCAUCUCGAUCUUUUCUGCUGAGACAUAGGCCUGUACCAGAGAUUCCAGGGUCAACAAAAGGAAUUACAGGAAGCUAUUUCCGAGAGAGAAGAAAUGUUGCUACCUCAACUGGAAAGUCUGUGACACAGCAAAAAGAUUCAAAUGAGGAGAACUCAUCUUCCAUCUUUCCUUAUGGAGAGACUUUUAUCUUCCAGAGACUAGAAAAUUCCAAGAAGAGGUCUAUAAAGAAUGAAUUUUGGACCCAUGAAGAAAAACCCAAAGGGGAAGGAACUACUGAAAGAAACUCAUUUUUUAUCGAAUCAAGCAUAUAUGAUAACAGGAGAGAGAAUGUAAGUGAAGACAAGAUGGAAGAUAUUUGGAUACCUCGAGAAGACAAAAAAAGUUUUCCGAUAGGCUGUGCUUCAGAUUCAGAAUAUUCAACAGUAGAAGAAUGCUUUCAGAGUUUAAGAAGAAAAAAUUCAAAGGCAUCUAAAUCUAGGACUCAGAAAGCACUGAAUUUGGACCCUGUCACUAGGCACAGUUAUCCGUUAAGCUCGACAAGUGGAAAUGCUGAGUCAUCAUCAGCCAUUUCCUCAAACGCAAUAUCUCCUUAUGCCUGUUUUUAUGGAUCAUCUGCCAGGAAGGUUAAAUCAGGCUGGCUGGACAAACUCUCUCCUCAAGGAAAACGCAUGUUUCAGAAGAGAUGGGUGAAAUUUGAUGGCUUUAGCAUCUCUUAUUACAAUAAUGAGAAGGAGAAGUAUUCAAAAGGAAUAAUUCCCCUUUCUGCUAUAUCUACAGUACGAGUUCAAGGAGACAACAAAUUUGAAGUUGUUACAACACAAAGAACUUUUGUUUUUAGAGUAGAAAAAGAAGAGGAGCGAAAUGACUGGAUCAGCAUACUAAUGAAUGCACUGAAAUCGCAGUCCCUCUCCUCGCAGUCUCAAGCAGUUGUCGCACCUGAGAAAUGUGGAUAUCUUGAAUUGAGAGGGUAUAAAGCCAAAAUUUUUACUGUGUUAAGUGGAAACAGUGUGUGGCUUUGCAAAAACGAACAGGAUUUUAAGGGUGGACUUGGUAUUACCAUAAUUCCUAUGAAUGUAGCAAAUGUAAAGCAAGUGGACAAAACUGUGAAACAAUCUUUUGAAAUAAUCACUCCCUAUAGGAGUUUUAGCUUUACAGCCGAGUCUGAAAAGGAGAAACAAGAGUGGAUUGAAGCUGUGCAGCAAUCGAUAGCAGAAACUCUCUCUGAUUAUGAAGUAGCUGAGAAGAUUUGGUUCAAUGAGUCCAAUAGGAGCUGUGCAGAUUGUAAAGCCCCAGAUCCUGACUGGGCAUCCAUCAAUCUCUGUGUUGUCAUCUGUAAGAAGUGUGCAGGACAACACAGAUCUUUAGGACCAAAAGAUUCCAAGGUUAGAAGUCUAAAAAUGGAUGCCAGCAUUUGGAGCAAUGAACUCAUCGAGCUUUUUAUUGUUAUUGGAAACAAAAGAGCAAAUGACUUUUGGGCGGGUAAUCUUCAAAAAGAUGAAGAAUUACACAUGGAAUCACCAGUCGAAAAGCGAAAAACCUUUAUCACGCAGAAGUACAAAGAAGGAAGAUUCAGGAAAACCCUUUUGGCGUCUCUCACCAAAGAAGAAUUAAAUAAGGCUCUGUGUGCUGCUGUAGUGAAACCAGAUGUUCUGGAGACAAUGGCUUUGCUGUUCAGUGGAGCAGAUGUCAUGUGUGCAACUGGAGACCCUGUGCACAGCACCCCCUACCUGCUGGCCAAGAAGGCGGGGCAGAGCCUGCAAAUGGAAUUUCUCUAUCAUAACAAAUUCUCAGAUUUCCCUCAACAUGACGUUCAUUUUGAAGGUGGAUUAAGUCAAGAGUCCUCCCAGUCCACGUUCCUCUGUGACUUUUUGUAUCUGUCUCCUGCUGCUGCUUCUAAACUCUCUUCAGAGAAAAAACUGCUUGAAGAGACAAGUAAAAAAUGGUGUGUUUUGGAAGGCGGCUUUUUGAGUUACUAUGAAAAUAACAAGUCUACCACACCUAAUGGCACCAUUAAUAUCAAUGAAGUUAUCUGCCUGGCUGUACACAAGGAGGACUUCUAUUUAAACACUGGGCCCAUCUUUACCUUUGAGAUCUAUUUGCCCUCAGAACGUGCGUUUUUAUUUGGAGCUGAAACAUCUCAAGCCCAAAGACAGUGGACAGAGGCGAUAGCUAAGCAUUUUGUUCCCUUUGUUGCUGAAAACUUAACAGAAGCUGACUAUGAUUUGAUUGGUCAACUCUACUACAAAGACUGUCAUGCCCUGGAUCAGUGGAAAAAAGGCUGGUUUGCUAUGGACAAAUCUAGUUUGCGUUUUUGCCUUCAAAUGCAAGAAGUUCAGGAAGAUAGAAUGCACUUAAGAAGACUGCAAGAGCUAACAAUCAGUACAGUGGUUCAAAAUGGGGAAAAAAUUGAUGUCUUGCUCUUGGUAGAAAAAGGGAGAACAUUAUACAUCCAUGGGCAUACGAAGUUGGAUUUCACAGUCUGGCAUACUGCAAUUGAAAAAGCAGCAGGUACAGAUGGUAAUGCAUUACAAGAUCAGCAGCUCAGCAAAAACGACGUUCCCAUUAUCGUGAACAGCUGUAUAGCAUUUGUUACACAGUAUGGCUUAGGGUGCAAAUAUAUCUAUCAAAAGAAUGGUGAUUCUUUGCAUGUAAGUGAACUCCUAGAGAGUUUCAAAAAAGAUGCAAGAAGCUUUAAAUUGAGGGCUGGAAAACAUCAACUUGAAGAUGUGACAGACGUUUUGAAAAGUUUUCUCUCUGACACUGACGAUGCACUUCUUACCAAGGAGCUCUACCCAUACUGGAUCUCUGCUUUAGAUACCCAGGAUGACAAGGAAAGAAUUAAAAAAUAUAGAGCAUUUAUACAUACUCUUCCAGGUGUCAACCGAGCAACAUUGGCAGCUGUUAUUGAACACCUUUACAGGGUUCAGAAAUGCUCAGAAAUCAAUCACAUGAACACCCAUAACUUGGCCUUGGCCUUUUCAUCCUGUUUGUUUCAAACUAAAGGACAAACUAGUGAAGAAGUGAAUGUCAUCGAGGACUUAAUUGAUAAUUAUGUUGAAAUAUUUGAGGUUACAGAAGAUCAAGUCAAACAAAUGGACAUAGAAAAUAGCUUUAUUACCAAGUGGAAAGACACUCAAGUUUCCCAGGCUGGAGAUUUGUUAAUUGAAGUGUAUGUAGAAAGGAAGGAACCUGACUGCAGUAUUAUAAUUCGGAUAUCGCCAAUGAUGGAAGCAGAAGAAUUAACUAAUGAUAUAUUAGCAAUAAAAAAUAUUAUUCCUACAAAAGAUGAUAUCUGGGCCACAUUUGAAGUCAUUGAAAAUGAAGAGCUAGAGCGCCCUCUUCACUACACAGAAAAUGUGUUGGAGCAGGUGCUUCGGUGGAGUUCAUUAACUGAACCUGGCUCUGCUUAUCUUGUCGUGAAGAGAUUCUUAACCAUUGACACAAUUAAACACUAUAAUGAGAGGAGAGCCCUGGAAAGUAUCAAAGAGGGAACCUUGAAAAUCAAAGAAGAACCUUCUAAAAUACUGUCUGGAAAUAAGUUUCAAGAACGGUAUUGUGUUUUACGUGAUGGAUAUCUCUUUCUUUACAAGGAUCCGAAGAGUAGUAAAUAUGACAAAAUGUUUUCUCUCAGUUCAAUGAAGUUUUAUCUUGGAGUGAAAAAGAAAAUGAAGCCUCCAACAAGUUGGGGAUUGACAGCAUAUUCUGAGAAACAUCACUGGCACCUGUGUUGUGAUAGUUUACAAACUCAGAUGGAGUGGAUGGCCAGUGUCUUUAUUGCCCAGCAUGAAAAUGAUAUACGGCCACCAGCUGGAAAGGAACGAAAACGUUCUAUAACCAAAAAUCCCAAAAUCGGAGGUUUGCCUCUAAUUCCCAUCCAGCAGGAGAAAAAUGCAACCCAAGCCCGGAGAAAUAUCGAGAGUGCAAAGGUGGAACUCGAAAAGCUGCGGCUCAGUGAAAAGCGUAAUCAAGAGUCUGGGGACAGCACGUUAAAGGAAAGAGCCUCCAUUGUGGCCCAUUGCCUGGAGCACAGGGAUGAUAAACUUCGAAAUCGAACCAGAAAACAUAGGAGUUUCAACUGUCUGGAGGACACAGAGGCUGAGGUCCUUUGCGGGCAGCAAAAAGGCCAUAAAGGCCUAAAGACAUUGAAGAAGACUGAGGAUAUCAAUGGCAAAGCUGCUUUGGACCCUGAUAAUAAGUUGCCAUCAAAGGUCAUUGAAGAGCUUAGCAUGGUUCUACAGCGGUCAAGAACCCUCCCGAAAGAGUCACCGGGUGAGCAGAGUUUGCAGAAAGACAUAAAAUGAAUUGUCUUGUAAUUUUUUUUUUUUAUAUUGUGUACAGUGUUUGUGUGCAAAUCAGAAACCAAACUAUAAGAAAAUUCAUGGUUCGUCUUGCUAUAUGUAAACAUUUAAAGAGCUUUUAAAAAUAUAUGUGUAUAUGUGAUAAAUGUAAGAUUAACUAUUUUGGUCUGAACAAAGCUUGUACAGUUCAACUAUAUUAACCUUGUGUAAAAAGGCGUUGAGUUACUUUUAGUGGCUAAACUUUAAAGUGGUUGUCUGUUAAGUGGUAUAACUUAUGAACGGGAAUCUUAAACUGUACUGUAUUGUAUAAAAUGCUGUUUAAAUGAAGCUUAUGAAACUAUAUGUAACACAUUUUGCACUUUGAGAAACCUUGUAUAUUAAGUUACUAUAUGUUUUUAGGUUUACAGAGGGUCCAUCUUAGGGGGAAAAAAGGGAAGUUGGAAGGGGAAGGAUUUAUUUUAGUGGCUGCCUAUUAAACAACACUGGGGUUUUAAAAAGAGGCAGAGAAUUAACAAAUGUCCUAAAAACCAAGGAGGUCAGUAAAAAUUUAUUCUAGUUCACUAUUGACGAGAACUUGUUAAUGAGAAACUGCUUGUUAAGAAAAAACUCUAGUAACUAAGUAUUGCCCAAGAGUAAUGUUCAGCCAGCAAACAAAAUGGCACUGGCCAUUCUUAUUUAUAGUGUUAGUGAACCAGCCACUGUAUACAUUCACUACACUUCAGUUCUUUGUAGGUGGCUGUUAAGAAACUUGCACUGCAUUGAAGAGAUUGUGUACACAUGACCUAUAUGCUAUUUGCACUGUUGCCGUGUAUAAGAAAUUAUGAGUUUCUUACUAUUGUUUUGGUACGAACAAAAUUCAUCAUCCCAGGGUUUUGUUAUUGUUGAUUUCUUUUUGUUAUUGUUUUACUUUUUUUUUUUUUUUUUUUUAUUGCUUCACUUUGUUCAUUUCUUGUUAUUUUAAGUAAGGUUGUAAUUUGCUUCUUUGCAGUGUCAGAAUAAACUAAAAGUAUACAACAUAUGGCCAUUUUACGGUGGGAGAUGGUUUAACUCUACUACACUUAUGGGGGGCUACCAGUUCACAUCUAGAUUUUUUCCUUAAUGAAGUAGUAGCCUCCUUCCUGUGCCUAAUGAAUAAUGACAAAGCCCUGUAUCUUUACUUCCACAGAAGAUCAGCUACUGUGCUGGAGAUUUUCCUAAGACAGAUAAUACUAAUUAUAGUUCAUGUUUGGAACAGUACUUUUCAGCAGUUUCUUUAGAAUUUUAUCACAUCUGGUGAGUUUUGAUCUAAAAAUUAGUUUAUGUAGCUAAACUUUAUUCCUGUAAUUUCUUUUUUUUCUCCUCUACUUUUCAGGUGUCUUAUUAGAAUUUGUAUACAAAGAUGCAUACUUUGGUCAAUCCAAUCAUAUUACAGUAAUAUGCUGUUAAAUGCUAUGAAUUUCUUCAUUGUAAUAUAUUUGGUGCAGAUAAAAGUGUGUCCCCUGGGUAUGUGAUAUUUAUUCUUUCAAUCCAAAUAGAUUGGAUUAAAAAUAAACCAACUGCAGGUCAGUUUAUAAAAUAGUGGUACUACUGGGGAGCCUUCAUGGUAUUUAGGAAAAAAAUCUAAAACUAUUCCUAAUAAAUGAUAAUAUGUUAUGAAGAAAAUGUAUGAAAAUCAAUAUUUUGACAGUGUUGGACAAUGGGAAAGUAUCUGGAGCUUUUUUGUAUUAUCUGGAUAUUUUUGAAACUUGAGCUUAAAAUCUAAUAGCUUUUGUUUCUCUUCCUUUCCUAUAUAAUUGUCUCCAUUUUUCAAAUGUAAGGGCUAAUGAUAACAUCUCAUAUUUUGAGUAAAAAUUAAAAUUG